UAGAGAUUGGCAAUAUCGUCUUUGAAUCUUCACGUUUUAAUUGAAAGCGCGAAUAAGAUCACAUUUACCUGUAGUUUAAGAAAUUUGGUAAUUCGAGACGUUCUUCUGUUCUUUUUACGUCUUAUUUCGCGCGAGACUCGAACGUGUUCCGAAACUCAUCAAGCAAAGUGGCGAAGAUAUCCUUCAUUAAUCCUGUCCGGAAAGACAGCAUCUCCGAUACGCCCAUGAAAGAAGCAAAGGUGUCCGUCAGUUGAAUGCCGCCAUUUUCCUAGUGUACGAACUUUCUGUUGAUUUUAGUUGAGCAAUCGGGUGCCACUGCGCAUACAACGUGUCUCGGCGUGUUGUACAUCCUCGGCUAACUCUGCGUUAUGAAUCAGUCACGGAAUUUCACAUCGUUGUUGAACCCGAGUUAUUUACAAAAUGCCCAACAAAAUGCUGCGACUGCGAACGCGGCUGCUGCUGCGGCUGCAGCAGCUGCCGCGGUAAGCGCAGCGAUUGCUAACGGAACGCAGCUUAACUCCAAUUCCAAUCCCACGACGAAUAAUACGAGGAAACGCGAAGCAGAAAAUGAAGCUAAACAGGAAAAAGAGACGAAAGAGGAACGCAGGAAGAGGAGAAAAACUAGAUGGAGCGGUAGUGAACAUGACAAAACUUUUAUACCAGGCAUGCCUACAGUUCUACCAACAAACCUGACUCCUGAACAGGAGAAGGCGUAUCUCUGUAACUGCAGAUUGAGGAAAUCAGCAGGAAGCUACGCACUGGAGACCUUGGAAUUCCACUUAACCCAGAGGAAAGGUUUGAACGAAACUUACAUACCAAAAAUGACCAUAACAUAUCUACAAUACCUAUCUACUGACCAUUCAGCAGCCCAUAAAUACAGGGGCCUUAUGAUAUGGCUCCAAUACAAUCUCCAUCUCCAGAACCCAUAUAUAGUAGUGAUGGUAAACGGUUGAAUACAAGAGAAUAUCGAACUAGACGUAAAUUGGAGGAAGAACGUCACAAUCUUAUUCAGAAGAUUCUCAAAAUUAAUCCAGAAUUCAAACCUCCACCAGAUUAUAACAAUGGAAAAGGAAACUGGAGCAAAAAUAAUAAUUCGCGGUAAAGGUUCUGUGAAAGAAGGGAAAGUUGGAAGGAAAGAUGGACAACCCUUACCUGGUGAAGAUGAACCUUUACAUGCAUAUAUUACUGCUAACAAUUUGGAUGCCGUAAAAAAGGCUGUAGAAAGAAUUCAUGAAAUUAUACGACAAGGUGUUGAAGUACCCGAAGGCCAAAACGAUUUACGACGCAAUCAACUUAGAGAAUUGGCUUUAUUAAAUGGAACAUUACGCGAAAAUGAUGGACCGCGUUGUACUAAUUGUGGUGCAUCUGAUCAUAAAUCAUGGCUGUGUCCAGAUAAACCCAAUGUAACAAAUAAUAUAGUAUGCUCGAGUUGCGGUGGAGCAGGUCAUAUUGCACGCGAUUGUAGAUCUAAGAGACCCGGGCAGGGUGGACCUGCUGCCGCAGGUAUGGGAGGAAUGGGACCAGGUGGAGAUAAAGCCAAGAUAGACGAAGAAUAUAUGUCCCUUAUGGCAGAAUUGGGUGAAGGUCCACCACCUGAUCGAUCUAAAACCGGACAGCCACGUCAACCAAAUCCAAAUCCCAAUUAUCCUGGUCUUUUUGAUAGACAACAAGCACCUCGUGCUUUAAUGGCGGCACCUGCACAUCCACCGCCACAAAUGAUGCAAGGUGGUCCAAUGAUGCCUCCACCAGGAAUGGCUCCGCCACCGUGGAGUCAAGGUGAAGUGAACAACAUGAAUGGAAUGAACAUGCAAUGGCAACCUCCAGUUAGUAUGCCUCCUCCGCCUGGUGUGAUGCAACCACCUCCUCCACCACCUGGCUCUACAUCUCAACCAAAUAUUCCACCACUGAUGCCUUGGAUGGCUGGAAAUAAUCAACCACCGCCACCAGGACAAAUGCCACCGACACAAAUUCCACCACCUGGAAUGGGUAUACCGCCAUGGCAGCAAGGUCAACAAGGGCCAAUGCGUCCACCUCCACCCGGAACUGCUCCACCACCAGGAUUUCCAGGAUGGCAACCGCAACAGAUGGGUGGAUGGCCACCAGCAGCUCCUGUUCCUCCACCACCUCAACAACAAACGCCAGCUCCUCCUGGCAUAGAUCUCAAUACUUUACCUACAUUAUUGGCACAACCACCUCCACCACCGCCACCAACUAGUUAGUGCAAAGAAUCAUCAAAUUGUUUAAUCAGAUCUUCUUUAUUCGUACAAUAGAGGGAUAUUAUCGGUCGUGUCAGUAAAUAGAUUAUAAUAUUGGACUGAAGACAGUUAAUUAUUAUUUAGUUGGAAUAAUUCGCGAUUUUAAUUAGUUCGUUCGUCAUCUAUGAUUUUGUUCUCUGUAAGUGGGAAAGUAUGUGUUAAUUAGAUGAACAUUUUUCAAUCCAUUCAUUCAAGUAUGUAAUGUCUUAGGUUUGCGAUAUAUUUCGGAUCUUUGAAUACGUAUUAUACUUGACGCAUGAAAAAUCUAUUAAAUUUUGGUUACCAUUAUCUUUCAAAUUUGUUCUAUGUACCUAAAGUUGUCUUACAAGUGCAAAUGUAAGUGAUAUGCCAAACACCUUUUUAUAAUGUUAGUUCAAGCACUUCAUAAUUUCUAUGUAUAUGUUUCUGUAAACAUAAUAUCAUACAUUAUGAACAAGUUUACUUGUACUUUAAGUAGUAUGCAUAAUAUGUAUUAUGUAUACCGUAGUAACGUUGUUACUCAAUACAAGUGUUAUAAUCAACUUUCGCUUUAUUAUAUUAUCUAGUAUUAAAACGAGCAUAAUGCAAUAAACGUUUUAAAAGCAAAAUCAUAUUUUGCAACAUUUUGUUCUUACAACAUUUAAUGUUGCUAAGAUAUUGUGACUCCUGUGAAUAAUUUCACAUUAUUUCACCAACUUCAACGAAUGUAGCUUGUGAUCGAAUAUUAGAUGAUAUAAUGAAAGAUCAGAAUUGUUGUUUACAUAAGUCAUGAAACUUGUCAGUUUUAAAUGCAUCUUACGUUAUUUAAAUGUUAGCUAUAAUUUCUCUAAAAAGAGAUGUCUUUAUUUUACUUCACGUCUUCAUUGGUCACCGGAAUACUGCAAACGUCCAAGCGCAAUAAUUUCGUAUCACUGAUUUACUAUUUAGUAAGAAAUAAAUUUGUCGAGAUCUUAAAUUAUAUGAAAUCUUCGCUUUAUAUAUAAAAUAAUAUUAGUAUUGCGUGUUACGUUUAGGACACAGAAUGAUAGUUUGUGAAACUUUAUUAUAGCUUAAUGUGUAUGGUAAUUACACAAUAAAGAUAUAUCAUAUUAAAAUAUAUAUAUAUGUAUAUAUGU